CACUUUUGUGGUGAUACAUAAGGAACAAUUCAAGUUUCCAGUGAUAUUUUCAGGAAGGACCUUGAUGUGUGCAUAUCUUUUGUGCAGGAAAUGGCUUCAACUGAAAACUUUACAGUCACAGUUCCUACAAGCAUCGUCCAUGACUCAACAUUGAACACAACCUUAGACAAUUAUUCUUAUUACAACUUUGACAAUGACUAUGACGAUGAAGUGUGCAACAGAACAAGCGUCAUGCAGUUUGGAGCGAUCUUCACUCCAGUGUUCUUCUCCAUUGUGGUGAUCCUGAGUCUGUUUGGCAACAUCCUGGUCAUUGUGAUUCUGGCAAAGUAUGAGAAUCUCAAAUCCCUCACCAAUGCUUUCAUCCUGAAUCUGGCUGUAUCGGAUCUCUUCUUCACCGCAGGUCUGCCCUUCUGGGCCUAUUACCACAUGUAUGGAUGGACUUUAGGGGAUCCUGCAUGUAAGAUAGUCAACUUUGUCUUCUCUGUUGGCUUUUACAGCAGUGGUAUCCUCCUCAUCCUGAUGACUGCUCACCGUUAUGUAGCUGUCAUGAAUCCUCUGUCUGGCAUUGUGUCCACCACAGGCUUCUACAGUGUCCUCGCAUCUGUGGUCAUUUGGGCAGUGAGUGUAUUGGCUGCCAGUCCAGCCUUCAUCUUCACCAAAGGUCAGGACCAGAAUCACUGUGUAUACAUGAGUUCUUACUGGAGCUUAUGGGGAAUCUACCAGCAAAAUAUUCUCUUCAUAGUGAGUUCAGUGGUAUUCAUUUUUUGCUAUUCUCAGAUCAUGUGCAGGUUGCUGCGUCCUACUGCCCAAAGAAGGAACAAAACUUUAAAACUUGUUUUUACUCUCAUGGUUGUUUUCUUCGUGGGCUGGGCACCUUACAAUAUAGUCAUAUUUCUGCAGUCAUUGUAUUUCUGGCCCAAACUCCUUGCUGACUCAAAGACUGUGGCUGGAAUGUGUGACCGCAUAGAAGUACUGGAUUACGCCUUUUACAUUAGUCGUCUUUUUGCCUUUUCACACUGCUGCCUCAACCCUGUGUUUUAUGUGUUUGUGGGGAUUAAAUUCAGAAACCACUUGAAGAGAAUGCUGAAGAGCUGGGGCCACAGCAAUAGAAGCAUCCGCAAUAGGCAAAGCCGACUCACAAUCACAUCACUAACAAGUGGUGACGAGUUCUCGAUGUAGUUGAUAUUGAGAGUAGAUUCUUCCAGAUUCUACCAGGUGAAAGAAAACCUAAUUCAAAAUCUCAUUGACAUCUGUAAAAACGCAAAUAACAAAAGAUCCAAGCUUGUAACAGUAAGUCGUGUGGGUCAUUCCAUAUGUCUACAUUAGGAUGUGGUUGAACAGGAAACAGCUGGUUCCAGGUUUCCAGCAUGUUGUUGGAUCCAUGCCACAAAGAAUUCAGGCUGUUCUGAGGGUCAAAGGGGGGGGUUGUACCCAGUAUAAGGAAGAUGUACCUAACACACUGGCCACUGAGUGUAUAAGAAGUAUGAGGCUUUUAUUUGACAACAUAUGUUAUGUACAGUGUUUCGUCUGUAAUUUCAUCCAAUUUUCAUCUUUCCAGUCAAACUGUGCUAUUAAUCAAGAACAAUGAGCCCCAUGUCUCUGGGUUAAUCUGCAUGUGAUUUCAAAUGCAUGUUGAUAAACUGAUUAUACAUAUACAAAGAGAUAAUAUAACUGUAUGUGAUUCACUUUGAUUAACUGAGUUUCACUUUAUGUUUUCAUUUAAUUUCUCCUUUUCACCUUCAACAUUUAAUUUCAGUCAUGCAAUAUUUUCUUUUCAAGAGAGUAUUUUGCUUUUGAUCAUUUGGACUUUAUUUUUUAUAGUGUUUAU